AUGCUGAAGGGUUCCGUCGCGGGUCCUCGCCGUCGCGUCAUCACGCUGCGUCGCUCAAUGGCCCCACAGACCUCGCGCAAGCUUACGGAGAAGAUCACACUGAAGUUUAUUGACACAAGCUCCAAGAUUGGUCACGGUCGCUUCCAGACAAAGAAAGAGAAGAGCCAGUGGUACGGCCCAUGCAAGAAGGACCGCAUUCGUCGUGAGGAGCGUGUCCGCAAGGAGCGUGCGGCCCGCGCCGCGGAGCGCAAGGCUAAGGGCGGUGCUGCCGCCGCUGCCGUCGCUCCAAAGAAGACCAAGAAGUAG